CUAAACACAGUAGAAAGACUUCACCAUUGGAUUUCUUGUUGGAAAAAGGCCCAACUGUUUAAAGAAUUACUAAUAAAUAAAGAAAAAACUAAGAAAAUAAUAAAAUAAUGGCCGCAAAAGUAGCUUCGGGCAAUAAUAAAGUAUUCCAAAAUCACGAUGACGUCCAUAUAUCCUUUGAUGACCAACAGAAGAUAAAUCGUUUUGCAAAACACAAUGCACGUAUGGACGAUCUAAAAGUUGAAUUGGAUAUGAAAAAGAACGAUUUGAAAAGUGUGGAAGAGGCCUUAGACGAGAUUGAGUUGUUCGAUGAAGAGGAAGAUAUUCCAUUCUUGGUCGGUGAAGUAUUUCUAUCUCAUAAAUUGUCCAGAACACAGGAACUUUUGCAAGAAGCCAAAGAACAAACUCUGAAAGAAAUUGCUAGCAUUGAGGCUAAAGCAAAUGACAUUAAAUCCGAAAUGAAUGAAUUGAAGGCUCAGCUUUAUCAGCGCUUUGGUAGCAACAUAUCACUGGAAAGUGAUGAUUAGAUGUUUUUUACGUAAAAUAAAAAUACCUAUAAAAUGAAAAUCUAAAAA